AAAUACAAAAAAAAGACCACGAUGGCGGACUGAGCUCCAGUGACUUUCCAAAGAAGUUUCGAAUUGACGAUCUUCUAGCCAUAUAUAUACCACAAUAUUGACCUCUUUUUUUUUAAAUCAACGUGACCGAAGUUGAGUUUGUAUCGAUGAAGCGUUAUCUGGAGUGAAGAUUGAAGAAGAUGGACGACUACUGCUCUGCUAAGAUGGCGACGUCCGCUAAAAGAGAACAUGAAAGAGAAUCAGCGCCACCAACUUCCAGCAAAUCACCAACGGAGAUAAAGACGAAAGAUGAAGACGAUGUGCAGCUGAUUGAUCAUCCAGAAGAACUUCCUCCUCAGUCGGCAGGAGGGAGCUCCACUUUGAAGCAGGAGACUCCACAACCACCCCACAUUAAAAAGGAAGAGGAUGAACUCUGGAUCACUCAGGAGGGAGAGUGUCUUCUAGGACGAGAGGAAGCUGAUCUCACCAAGUUGCCACUGACUGUUGUCUCUGUGAAGACUGAAGAUGAUGAAGAGAAACCACAAGUAGACAACCUCUUAGCUCCACUAUCAGAUAGUGAGGCUGAAGACGAGGUUGAAGUAACUUUGAGCAGCGAUACAGACUGUGAAGGGGAUAUGAGGACUCACACUGACAACAAACACUCUGAAGGCUCUAAAAAGAUAAGAGGUAAAAAACAUUUCAGCUGCUCAGUUUGUGCGAAAACCUUUACUAAAAAAAGCAAUCUGACUUAUCACACGAGAACACACACAGGAGAAAAACCAUUUGUCUGUUCAGUUUGCGGUAAAGGCUUUUCUAUAAAGUGCAACUUGACUGCACACAUGAUAACACACACAGGAGAAAAAAUAUUUGGUUGUUCAGUUUGUGGCAAAUACUUUUCUCAGAAGAGUUAUUUGAGCCAACACAUGAGAACACAUGCAGGAGAAAAAUCAUUUAAUUCAGUCGACAAAGAACACUUUGAAUGCUUUGAAAAAAAGCGAGGCAAACGUUUGAGCUGCUCAGUUUGUGCAAAACAUUUUACUAACAAGAGAAACUGGACCCAACACAUGAGAACACACACAGGAGAAAAACCAUUUAUUUGUUCGGUUUGUGGUAGAGGCUUUGCUGUGAAGGGUAACUUGACUCAACACAUGAGAACACACACGGGAGAAAAACUAUUUAGUUGUUCGAUCUGUGGUAAAACCUUUUCUCUGAAGAGUAGUUUGACGGACCACAUGAUAACACACACAGGAGAAAAACUAUUUAGUUGUUCGGUUUGUGGUAAAAGCUUUUCUCUGAAGGGUAACUUGACUCAACACAUGAGAACACACACGGGAGAAAAACUAUUUAGUUGUUCGGUUUGUGGUAAAGACUUUUCUCUGAAGAGUAGUUUGACUGAACACAUGAGAACACACACUGGAGAAAAACCAUAUAAUUGUUUGGUCUGUGGCAAAUACUUUUCCCAAAGGGGUAAUUUGAUUCCACACAUGACUACACAUACAGGUGUAAAACCAUUUAACUGUACAGUUUGUUGUAAGAGCUUUUCACAGAAGGGUAAUUUGACUCAACACAUGACAACACACACACACGAAAAACCGUUUAACUGUUCAGUUUGUGGCAAAGGCUUUUCUCAAAAGAAAAAUAUGACUAAACACAAGAGAACACACUCAGAAGAAAACAUCACUUAGGUGUGCGGUGAAAGAUGCAGUAAGACACUGCCAUGCAAGGCACUAACCAGGACCCAUCAGGAGAAAGGGAGAAGUGUCUUGCUCAAGCACACAACGGACGUGACUAGGAUGGUAGAAGGUGGGGAUUGAACCAGUAACCCUCAGAUUUCUGGCACGACCACUUUCCCAACUUCGCCACGCCGAAUCGAUCUGCCUGAAACUACACCUUCCCAUUUUGUUUCUACCGACCACCAUCAGAUGAGGACUCAGUGUACAUUUGUUGGUAAUAUUUGAACAUGUGACAUCACAAGUAGACAGAAGGGAUACCCCUCAGAUUACCCCUGCCUUUAAAUGUUGCAUCAUAGACAAAUUACGUUAUAGACAUUUGAAAGUAUGAUACGGUUAGAAAAAUGGUUGGUUCACAGCACAUCUACAUGUUGUAGUCACGGUGAGAAGAAUAUAGGUGGGUGUCAGGCUUUACUGAUGUCUACCCAAACUGCACUUGGGUAGCCCUGACCAAAUAUGGCACAGUCUUCAUGGGACUUCGAGAGGCGUGUUCUUACUCUGCCAUGUGUGCUUGUCCAUAUGCAGCUUUAGCAAAAACUAUAUGAUAAGGCAGAAACGUUUUCCAAUCAGUCCCCCAUUUUGUUCUUAAUCUGUGCUCUUUUAUCUUUCUUUUUGUGAUGUUAUUGACGACUUUUAUGUUGCUCUUACCCUGCCGUAUAUUAUGUGUUCUCCCCUUUCUCAAAUGUGAGACAAUACAGUUAAAUCAAGUGGAAUGCAUAUAAUAUAAGCCAGAGCUGGGCAAAUAUUUAGACUCGGGGGCCACAUAGAGAGAAAAAAUGUGUCUGGGGGGGCCAAUGUGUAUGUGUGUAUGAAUGAUAUAUACACAUUUAGAUGUACAAAUCUGCUGUACAGUAUGUGUGUUUGGGUCCCUUUUUUUCAGGAACACUAAUACCAAAAGUCACAAUGUCCGAUGGAAUUCUAAAAAAGUUAUGACAGACCACCUCAAAACAACGGAAUGGAAUUUUAAAUGUUUUUUUACUGAAUGGGACACCCAAAAUGUACAUGAAAAUAAAGAAAGUGGCAUUUACAAUAUUAACUAUGAACAAUAAAACACUGAAUAUUAAAGGCCUACUGAAAUGAAAUGUUUUUAUUUAAACGGGGAUAGCAGAUC